CUUUAACAGAUGUGAUUAGUAAAUAUAACUGCUUUUAAUUCUUGUCAAUUGCUUACUUAUAUAUUAAGAAAGAUUUAUUACUGUUGAAAUGUUUCGAUUAAGAUGUUCAGUGAAAAAUUAUGAAUGGGGGAAGAAGAAUUUAGAGAGUUUUGUGGCUCAAAUAAUUAAGGCUACUGAACCAGCAGUUAUGAUAGAGAAUAAGCCUUAUGCUGAAUUGUGGAUGGGUGCACAUCCUUCUGGCCCUAAUUUCAUUAUUGAAGGCGAAGAAAAUACAAAUAUUACAUUAGCCGAAUUGAUUGAGAAGAAUCCUAGAUGCUUAGGGGAAAAAAUCAGUAAAUACUUUGGCAAUCAGUUGCCAUUUCUUUUUAAAGUAUUAUCUGUUAAUAAGGCACUGUCUAUUCAAGCUCAUCCUAAUAAGUCUCAUGCUGAGAAAUUGCAUAAAGAAAAACCAAACUUAUAUCCAGAUUCAAAUCAUAAACCAGAAAUGGCAAUUGCUCUUACUAACUUUGAAGCCCUUUGUGGAUUUCGUCCCUUGGUUGAAAUUCAGAAUUGCUUGAAAGAAACUCCGGAGCUAUAUAAUGUUGUCGGUGAAGCUAUUGCUAAUCAAGUAAUUAAUUCUCCUGCCGAUACGUACCACUCGGUACUUAAAGAAUGCUUUACGGCAUUAAUGUGUAGUUCGGAAGAAGUAUUUCGACCACAGUUAGAUUUAUUAGUAGAAAGAUUCUCUAAAAUGGAAGAGAAUGAUGUUGGCAAGUUAUUUCUACGGAUUCAUUCCCAAUUUCCUGGUGAUAUUGGAUGUUUUGCAUUCUUUUUUCUCAAUUAUAUUAUUCUGAAACCUGGAGAAGCCUUAUUUUUAGCAGCAAAUGAACCGCACGCUUAUCUCUUUGGCGAUUGCAUCGAAUGUAUGGCAUGUUCUGAUAACGUGGUCAGAGCUGGACUAACCCCAAAAUUUAAAGACGUGCAAACACUCUGCGAGAUGUUGACAUACAAAUGCCGUUCACCUAAAGAAACAUUAUUUUAUCCCAAAGAUGACAAAAAUGAUGCAUUUAGGAAAAUUUUUAAUCCACCCGUUCCGGAUUUUGCAGUUUUAAAAAUUGAAGUUCCUCCCGAAAUAAAUCAUUAUGUAUUUUCUCCUCUAGAAUCUGCUUCCAUUAUAUUAAUUGUUAAAGGAAACUGCUUAAUAAAAACUCCCAAUAAAUAUUUAAAAGCUAGCAAAGGAUCAGUUUUAUUUAUUUCUAGUGAUCAAAAAUUUGAAAUAGAAAUUGAAGAUGGACUAUUAAUGUUCUGUGCAUAUUGUGAUUUACAAUAAAAUGACAACUUUUGAAUAUAAUUUAAAUUUAAAAUUUUGACAUUAUUAUUAUUAUUAUGUAUUUUAAUUUUAUAUAAUAUGUUUUAAAAUUGUUUAUAUUU